ACCGGAAAUGCAUUUUUCGACGGAUUUGCAAUUUGAGUUUAUCACGACGUGAAAGCGGAGUUUUUUUAGUAUUUUGAACCUAAUAAAAGUUGUAGUUAGGUCAUCAGCUGUCCAACCAAAGCAUUGUAUGUUGCACUUGCAUCGAAAGCGAAACGGAAGUCUGUACUUUUUCACACGACCAGCAGAAGGACGAUCGGAUAGUAGUUUAUCCAAAAACAGAAACCGAAACACUUACAACUAUCUUCACGAAGAAGAAGUAGUCUUCGUUUUCAUCGUCUCACCUUGUAACGACGACAUUUUUACCUGCGACACUGCCGGAAAAAUUAUUCCCAGAAAGUUUUUUCUAUCCAACACAAUGUACAACUCUUACUCACUGUAUCUUUGUAAUUUAUCGAUUUGUUGAUGUUGGUGCACCACCAGAUAUUUAUGAAUAUAUGCUGCUUGACUUGUUUUGGCUGUUCUGCAACGCUGCAAGGCAUCUGGCGGCACCGGAUGUUAGCUAUGGUAGGAUCUCUGUCCUCUUGGGAAGAUGCUCGACUAAGGACCGCUACUUUUGGUUCCCUCACCGCUCCUUCACGAUGACAAAAAAAUGCACCAGUAAAGUAUUCCUUAGUGCAGCGGGAAGAGAUUUCAGAAAAGCAACUGUGGUAUUUUAUGGUGCGAGAGCCAGAACAACGAGAACGAGGAGCACGACCAAGGCACUAUCAGCGUCGCACCUGUUUGACGAGUUAAAGUUGCAACUUCCAGAGCGACUACCUCGCUUUUGUCGAAAGUGAGAAAGUUGCGUUGCACUUCUAGUAGCCGAGGCUCGUGCAGUUAGUUUGGCGAAAAAUACGCAAGAGGCGGAGACGACGGGAAAUACGAUUCGGAGGCUUCUGGUGUAUGCCAAAACUCCCUUCUAGAGGUCUUGUUUACUACCCUCCCAGGUGGUUUCAGGUAGAGAAAUAAUUAUCAUCCAUUGUGCUCAUAAAUGAUUUUUCUGUUCUCCAACGAUCAUAUCGUCCCUGCACUCGCUGACCAAGCCUCAAAAUCGAUUCUGCAGCAUGCAGGGCAAUGGAC